AUGACGGCCACAGCACACGAUAACCCUAGGGGAGACUUGCUGGUUCAAUCCAUCAAGCAGCUGCAAGCGAGUGAGGCCGGUGCAGCCUUCGACGAUGUCUCGGUAGACGACGUGAUUCUCUUGCUGGAUGCCAGCCAUGCCACCGCCACAAUCGAUCCCCUGCUCGUGCUGGGCCUCAACAGCGAGCCAUUCUGCAGGCUGAUGGCAUUGCGGCGUGGCUACCACGUCCUUCAGCCGCAGGAGCCAGCCAUAGGCUUUGAAGAACCUCGCCUGCAGGUUGCAGCCAAGGGCGUCAUCCUCACGACCUACUUCACCAGUCGGGUGGAUCCUGCGCGCUGUCACAAGCAUGUGGGCGGCGCCAUUCCCCCAGAUGACCUGGCAUACGUGCAAGGCUGGCACUCCAGCGUGCAGCACCUCGGCACCCCCGCGGUGGUCUUCCAUGACGGGCUGAGCCCCGCCUUCAUCUCUGAACUACAGUCCCCGGCCAUCGGCUUCCAGCGAGUGACGCUGAGCUACACCUCCUGGAGCCUGUCGGAUGAGCGCUGGGCUGUGUACCGUGACUGGCUCGCCGGCCCAGGGAUCAGUGUGUCGUGGGUGCUGGCUUUGGACCUGGCGGACGGCCUGGUUGCCAAGGCCCCCUGGGAAUGGUUUGCCCAGCAGCGCAAGCAACACGACCUGUGGGUCGGCGUGGUCCAGGAAGGGUCUGACGCUGUGCCAAAGCAGGAUGCCUUCCUAGAUCUGGCCGCAACCAUGGUCAUGGAGCUGGAGUAUCUGCACGGCGCACCGCAAUCGGCUGCCUGGAACUGCGGUGCCGCCGCUCUGGCCUUUACAGUGGCACAUCCCAGGUUCAAGGCUCGUCACACGGUGUUUGACCAGGGGCUCCCAUUCAGCGCUCAGGCUGCACACUGCUGGAAGCAGGGGGACUGCCAGGCGUACGUGUAUCACCAAUGA